AUGGCAACACAUUUCUUCUUUGAUUUUCAAAUUUCCUUCGAAUUUUGUGCGGCAAUUGAGCAUCAGGGCUUGGAGAAACUUCAACAACAUGAGCACUCCUCAGGUGUCGACUGCUUCGAAUCUGUCAUAACAACCAUAGCAAAACUUUCUUUAAAGAGUUUGCAAGAGUUAGUCAGACUUCAGACAUUCAAUCGAAGUGGAUUCCAACAAAUUCAGUUGGAUAUUCAGUUUUUGAAAUCUACUUUAAGGGAUAUUGCCGAGGAUGAAGCUGCAAUUGAUUUCUUGCUUGAUGAGGUGAUUGAUGCUACUACAGAACGUUGUCUCGAUCCAGUUCCUCUUAAACCACCCAUUUUAGACAGACUUGUAAAGGCAAAGUUGACAAAGACUUCACAAUAG